AUGUAUUAUGGGUCAGGUGAAGAUUCACUUGUCGCCAGUACGUUGCUUGAGGCAUUCGCUUUGGCAUUACUCCGUCAGCGUGCCAGGGAUGGAUGGUGUCAAAAUGUCUUGACGGGAUUGAGUUGUGGAGGAUCCGUUGUUGCCGGUAUUGUAUUGGAAUUUACAUCUCUCUGCAAUAGCAGCAGUAAUAAUAGUGGGGAUGAGAGGAAAAGAUUUAUUUGUGUUUCGUUGGGUAGUGGAACUCGAUGUGUGGGUUAUGAACCUCCCAAACGAUUAUUUGAAGCUGAUCUUUUACUUCGCGAUGGUCAUGCAGAAGUAAUGGCUCGUCGGGGUUUUAUCGCUUUUUUGUUGGAUGCGGCUGAGUAUCUUGCUAAGGAUAAAACUCAUCAACACCCUUUUGUGGAACAAUGUUCUUUUGUACAUGUAACACGAAGUGAAACUAAUAAUAAUAAUAAUAAUAAUAAUAAUAAUAAUAAUAAUCACAAUGAUACAUUCCCUUGGUGUUGCUUUCGUUUACGGGAUGGUGUAAAGGUGCAUCUUGUCUGCACGGAAUCUCCUUGUGGAGCGAUGUCUAUUCGACAUGGCGGAGGACGUGUGUUACUUCAAACACCAACAGGACGUUCACUAUUUGUAAAUGAUUCUGUAAGAAAUAAUACAGUCGCCGAGUCUACAGAGAAGUCUUUUCUACCUUUGGACACUUCUACUGUUGGUGUUGUGAAUACUGAUAAUGUGAUUGUGUGCCAUGGUCAUACUAUGGCGGCACACCGUAGUCAUCCUGCCGAUGGAUUAAUUUUAGUGGCUCGUGUGAAGCCUGGAAAGGGACGACAAAACCUUUCCAUGUCGUGUUCAGAUAAACUGCUGCGAUGGCAUUGUUUGGGUAUUCAAGGAAGGCGACGAACACGGCUGUUCCCGGAACGUAUGCGAUUUGAAAGUAUAUGGCUUCCACAGACUUUAGAUGGUGUUGACAAAAUGGAGAACUCUUUUUCACUAAAGGAGGCAGAGAGAGCAUUGAAUGACCGUAGACAUUACUUCUUUAAAGAAGAAACAUCUCCUAAUAAAGGAAAUGAUGUCUCUGAUGAUACAAGUCGUGUUGUGUUUAAUGAUAUACAGACAGUUCCACAUGUUCAUAUUUGUGGUUUCACACCAUCUUCUUUAAAUUCACUUCUUAACAGAAAUAACCUUUCUUUGACAAAAGAAGAAAAAGAAGACGAAGAAGGAAAUGGAGAUCAUGGUAACAGUGAUGAGAAGAGUAAAAGAGAAAAAGUUGAUUGUUGUUGGUCUAGAAGUGCAUGGGUUUCAUUUAAUUUGGGAAGAAAAGAUAAUGAUAUUAUUCCAUUACUUGGUGUAAAAAGGUGUAGGAAUGAGAAGGGUGAUGAUUAUGACUACACACGUAGAGGUGAUGAAAGUCAUCAUUCCUUUGCCUGGAUGGAUAGUAAUAUCGCUGUGUUCAAUACAAAGGCCGGAUUACCUCGUGGAAUUACACGUCAAUGUAUGGAACGAACUGUUCAACAGUUGGUGAAAUUACAACCAUUUCCUUUUAAAAAAGAAAAGGAAGAAAAGAAUGACUCGUACACUGAUGUAGAGAUGGUGGCUGGUCGAUUUCCGCUCUCACGGGUAUGGAUGGCUCAGCGACAAGAAAGAAUCCUACAAUAUCUUGCGCAGCAGCAUCAGCAGCAACAACAACAAGAAGAAGAACAAAAGAGAAUCUUUUUACAGAAGACUCCCACCUUACAUGCUAUUCUGAGCGGCAGGGAUGUUGAGAAUGGUGUUGACUACUCAUUCGUUGAACCUGUAAAGCUUCUUCCUGUUGGGAAGUCAGAAAAAGAUGAUGUGAUUGUGGCUGGAGGUUCUGUCCACUACUGGUUGCAGCAGUCUGAGAAGAAUAACAAUAACAACAGCAAUAGUGGUAAUAAUAAUUAUAAUAAUAAUAGAGGAGAUGUGAUAAUUGCAGGGCAGAGUGAAGGUGGGAUGUGUCCCUUUCCUCUGCUGUGGGUGGAAAAGGGAAUAUCAAUGUCUUCUUGUGAGCAAAGGGGGGUGAAUGUGUAA